AGUUAGAAGGUUUACCUUAUAUUAAAUGAUUUAAACAACCAACUAUUUUUUACAAUUAUUUACACACUCAACACCUCCUGUCUCUCGUCACCAUUCCCUUCAUUCCUUUACCUAUUCCUUAAAAAUCAAUAUUUAUGAAUUUUGUUUCUUUCCAUCCCUAUCUCUAUAUAUUGUCCGUGUAUUUAUACCUCAUAAUCUCCUCUCCACCCUCCUCAUGUCAGUUGUUCCUCUUCUUUAUCAGUCAACGUUGUUUUCAUAUAUGUUUUUGUUGAUACCUAAAUUUGAUCGCAAUAGGCAAUGGAAGUUGAUGUUUGACAAUUUGUCUAAUCUUAGUCAACGUGACGAAUCAAGUUGUCAUAAAAAAUAUAUAAAAAAAAGGAAGGUUAACGGGGAAUCUUGGUGUGAUGUCGAUCAAAAUUCUUAUGAUGCUUAAGUUAGUCGAGUGUUUGAAAGUAAAUUAUAUGAGAUAUUAUGGUGCUUAGAAUUGCAUAGAUUGAAAAUGAGUCGUGCAACCUUUAGAUAGUACUUUGAGAUGACCUUAUCAUCUAGGAAUAAGAUUAUAGGAUGACCUCAUCCUAAUUUUUCAUAGACACAAAAUGACCUGGCGAUCAAAAUCCCUAUAAUGACUUAAACAAUNUGAAUAGCUUCAGACUCUUUUUAGGUGUGUCGACCAAAAAAAAGAGAGACUCCUUUUGGUUGGAUCAGGUUUUGAGCAUAUAGACAACAAUUUAUCGGCUUAUCACUUCAAAUUCAAUAGAUAGAAAAUCAAUUUAUCGCGAGAUUGUGAUUUAUCUUUUAUUUUCCCGCCAAAAGAAAGACAGAGUCGGACAUCCCAGCAUUAAAAAAAAGUAUAGUGCAGAAAUACCGCCAAUUGGGCGGGGUAGGAAGGAAACCCUAAAAUUGGCUAAUUCUGUAGGGUGUAGAAGAGAAAAGAGCAUUAAUGGCGCAUUCAUCUGCAAGUGCGGGUGAUUCACCACCUCCCUCAAGCCCCGAUACCACCCAAAACAACCUCCAGCAUUUUUUUGUUCUUCACAAAGCAUCUGAAAAGUUAACUUGUAGUUGGAAAGCCCGAAAGAGGCUUGAUCUAAGCCCAACAAAGCUUAAGCCUGAGAAGAAGGAAUGGGAUGAGCGCUGCCUGCGAAUGGAAGCUUUUCAGUUGGUUUGGUCUGGAAUUGACUCCACUAUCAAGGACGUUCUGAGGAAUAUGAAUGCUCGUGUAUUUAAUGACAUACACAGCUGGGUACGGGACUCCUUCAAUACGAAUACUAUCAAACCAUUUCCGCCACCUUCUCCCAUUGUCACCCACCAGCUCUUCACUGCGUUCCUUCUCACCAAGAAUAUGGAGUUUGUUGAUGAUUUCUUGACAUUUCAAGAGCUUGGCCUCUUCUUGAAAUCUCACGGAUGCCAUGUGGCUAACCUUUCCUCCUUCGACUUUUCACCCAAUAAUGGCAUUGCUGGUUGUCUCACAAGUUUAUUGAGACAGUUUUUGAUGCGGACUUUUGAUGCAGCUGAUAUGUCCAUAUUGGCAUCAUGGUACAGCCAUCAGGGAAACUAUGGUUCUCCAGUGGUUGUCAUUAUAAACGAUAUGGAACGAUGUUGUGGUCCUGUCUUGUCUGAUUUCAUUCUUAUGUUGAGUGAAUGGAUUGUCAAGAUCCCGGUCAUUUUAAUCAUGGGAGUUGCAACAACAUUGGAUGCCCCAAGUAACAUACUUCCUUCAAAUGUGCUGAAGAAGUUGUGCCCUUGCAAGUUUACAUUGGGAUCACCGGCUGAGAGGAUGGAUGCAGUUGUCGAGGCUGCUCUUGUGAGGCAGUGUUCUGGUUUCGCUGUUGGUCAAAAGGUGGCUAUUUUUCUGCGAAACUACUUCUUAAAUCAGGAUGGUACAUUGACAUCUUUUUUUAGAGCUUUGAAGAUAGCAUGUGUCCAACAUUUCUCCACGGAGCCUUUAAGUUUCAUGCUCGGACAGUUGCUUGCUAAAGAAGACAGCAAGAGUGAGAAAGUGGUUAAGGGGGCUUCCGAAAUUUUACUUCAUGCAAGGGAUCAAAUGGCUGAACAAACUGAUAUCCCUAUAGCUCAUUGUUUGACAGAGUUGAAGAGAUUGCAGAUGGUCUGGAGCUCUAUUGUUCUGUGCUUAUAUGAAGCUGGGAAGUGUGGCAAAAUUCAAUUGUUAGACUUAUUUUGUGAGACACUUGAUCCAGAUAUUUACACCUCAUUGGCUUCUGAUAAUCCCACUGGAAUUGGAGAAAGUUUGGCUACAUCUUUGUCAAGGGAUCACUGUAUGCUUGAACAAGAUUUGAGCUUCCGGAAGGGACAAACUAUUUGUCAGGUAGUACGCAAAGUUAGGGAUCUUCCUGCAGCAUUGCUUUGUCAGUUGCUCAAAAGUUGGGAAGUUCUCACUGUGGAUGUUCCUGAGAUUCACCACAAGGUAAAGGAGUUGCAGGCCUUGUUGAAAUUUGAGGGAGGAAGUUGUAAACCGGAUUUUACAGACGUAUGCAGGAGACAUACAUCUCACAGUCCUGUAAAAAUUGGCAAGUCACAAUCAAUAAAUGGAAAAGCUGCUAUACUAGUUGAUUGCAUGGUUAGGUAUUUCAUGAGGCCGAUUGAGUGCAUACAAUGUCACGAAAUUGUUUGCUUUAGAAAUGUUGAAAAACUUCAAUCGGCUUUGAUUGGAGAUUCAAGAAAGAGGAUUCAAGUGGAUCUUUUGGAGUUCCAUAAAAUCCUACGAUGCAGUUGCUGCAGCAGGAGUGGCAACAUUCCAUUGUCAUCCAUGCCCGAUACCUCAAUUGUGUAUACCUUGGCUCAAGAGCAUGGCGAUCUUAUCAAUCUUCAUGACUGGUUCCAGUCUUUCAAAACAAUUGCCAGUCAGCCCAGAAGGAAAGGGGGGUGCAAGUUGAAGCAGUCCCCACUACCGAAAAGACGAAAGGAAGUGAAUGAAUCUGAAAACAGGAGCGAAGCAUCUAUUCAAGCCCGAUUUUGCAGGGCAAUUACCGAACUACAAAUUACAGGCCUCAUUCGGAUGCCCAGCAAAAAACGUCGUGACUCUGUGCAGAGAGUGGCCUUUGGCCUGUGACAAGUUAUAUGAGUUUGGUUGGGUCAUAAUUUUCCCCUUAAUUAAUACUUUCGGUUACUAAUAUUAUAAUUAAAUAUGAGGUUGAUAGUAGGUUCAAAUAUGCUUUCAUAUAUUUUGAGACCUAAAAGAGUUGAGAUAUGCGGCAUCCAAGAGAGUGCCCAUCGUGUUGAUGUUGGUAAGAUGACACAUGAUUGAGUGACCACAUGAAAAAGAAAUGUGCAUAUGAAUUGCCUGUUUGGCAAUGUUUAUUUUGGAUGAUAA